AUGCGUUUGGGCCAACACCAGGAAGCAGUCGUAUUCAAAGUUACCUCACUAGGCCGUUACUCAGCAAUAUUAGGCAUUCCAUGGUUAUCUUAUCACAAUCCUAGUAUCGAUUGGGAAAAAAGACGGGUAUCAUUCCCUUCUGACAAUUGUAUUAAACAAUGCCUUGUAUCGCCACCUGUCGUGGAUGCGAUUCCACAACCUAUUGAGGAACCUCAAAUACAAUGGGUAAAUGCACUCAAUAUCGAAGAAUGCGUUGUUGAAGGUGAUCAAUUAUUCCUCAUCGCCAAUACGUCCGAAGCCUAUCACGCAGCGAGCAUACAUACUAUUACAUUAUCUGAGGCUGCUGUUGUCAAUGAAACUUCCCCCCUCGAUGUCAUCCCGCUCAAGUAUCAGGAUCUGAAAGAGGUCUUCAGCGAAAAGGAAGCUGAUACCUUACCUCCUCAUCGCGCAGGAGUCGACCACACUAUACCAUUGCAACCUGACACAAGUCCACCUUUUGGUCCUAUUUAUUCCUUGUCCCAAGAUGAAUUGGAAGUAUUAUCAGAGUACUUAAAAAAGAACCUCGCCAACGGUUUCAUCCAACCUUCUUCGAGCCCUGCAGCUGCGCCUAUCUUAUUCGUUAAAAAGAAGGAUGGAUCUCUACGGCUUUGUGUGGAUUAUCGUGGAUUGAACAAAAUUACGGCUCCUUGCAGAUACCCCUUGCCCUUGAUCAAUGAGAUGAUGGAUCGACUCGCCUCCGCACGCGUAUUCACCAAGUUGGAUAUUCGAAAUGCUUACCAUAGAAUACGCAUUGCGCCCGGAGAAGAGUGGAAGACCAGCUUCCGAUGUAGAUAUGGGCAAUUUGAGUAUCGUGUACUACCCUUUGGCCUAACUGGUGCAGUUGGCACCUUUCAAUCUUUCAUCAACGACGUCCUUAGAGAGUAUCUUGAUCGCUUUGUUGUCGUAUAUCUUGACGACAUUUUGAUAUACAGCGAAUCUCAAGAGGAGCAUGAUACACAUGUACGACAAGUACUACAAAAAUUGCAUCAAGCCGGGCUAUUCGCAAAAGCUGAAAAAUGCGAAUUCGAUGUAUCAGAGGUAGAUUUCCUUGGAUUCCGGAUUGGUGUUUCGGGUGUAUCGAUGGAUCAACAGAAAGUACGCUGUAUUCUUGAUUGGCCAACCCCAAAAUCGGUGCAUGACAUACAAGUCUUCUUAGGCUUCGCCAACUUUUAUCGUCGUUUUAUACAUCAAUAUUCCAAGUUGGUCACACCUAUCACUAAGCUACUCAAGAAGGACACAAAAUUCGAAUGGACAUCCACACAAGAUGAAGCGUUCAAGUCCUUAAAGAGACAUUUCACUACAGCACCGAUCUUGCAGCACUUCAAUCCAUCACAACCUAUCACAGUGGAAACCGACGCAUCAGACUUUGCUAUCGCUGGCGUGCUAAAUCAACCAAAUAGCCAAGGCAUUUUACAUCCAAUCGCUUUCUACAGCCGAAAACUUGAUGAUAGCGAGGUCAACUAUGAUAUUUACGACAAAGAGCUCUUAGCUAUUGUCGAUAGCUUUCAAGUAUGGCGUCAUUAUCUACAAGGCUCCAAACACCAAAUCACCGUUUUUACCGACCACAAGAACCUUGAGUACUUCAAAUCAUGCAAGAACCUCAGCCGUCGUCAAGCUCGAUGGUCACUACAAUUAAGCUCUUAUUGGUUUGUCAUCACUUACCGACCUGGUUCUCAAAACCCCAAAGCCGAUGCCCUCUCUCGCCGUUCGGACAUGGCUUUUCUUAAAGAGGGAGGUAAACAACCCGUCAAGUCCAUGUUUUCGGAUGAUCAAAUCAUUGCCAACGCUUCGACGACGUAUACAUUGGACACGGCUUUCAUGAAUAAGGUCAAGGAGGCGAUGAUGUACGAUGAAAAGUUGAGGAACUUGAAGAGCAUGGUCAAAUCACCUAAUUCGGCUCCAUCGUACAUGAGGAAGAAAUUGUCCAGAUACAGCAUCGAUGAUGAGACGAACCUAUUACUUUUGGACAAACGGAUUUGCAUCCCAGAGGAUGACUCAUUGAAAACAGAAGUAUUACAAGUACAUCACGACUCUCAAGUCGCAGGCCAUCUGGGUCGAGCAAAAACAAGCGAAUUGGUCUCUCGUUCCUUUCAUUGGCCAGGAUUACGCAGCUUCGUGAACCGUUACGUAGCAAAUUGUCCAACAUGCAAAAGAAGCAAGGCCGAUCGUCAAGCAAAACAAGGUCAUCUUAGUCCCUUACAAGUUCCUGAUACCCCAUGGUUUUCUAUUAGCAUGGAUUUUAUUUCGGGAUUGCCAACCUCAAGUCACUACAAUUGUAUCUGGGUCGUGGUGGAUCGUCUAACAAAGAUGGCUCAUUUCAUUCCUUGCCUUGACUCAAUCGAUGCAUCGGGUCUUGCUGAUCUAUUUGUCAAAGAAGUAUUCAGGCUACACGGCUUACCUGUUGAAAUCAUAUCGGAUCGUGGUAGUAUAUUCACAUCGGCGUUUUGGCAAUCGUUGUUACAAUCCUUAUCCAUCAAGUCAAGCAUGUCAACAGCUUUUCAUCCGCAAACCGAUGGGCAGACCGAACGCGUAAAUGGGAUAUUGGAACAAUAUCUACGGGCUUAUGUUAAUUAUCAGCAAGACGACUGGGUCUCCUUAUUACCUUUUGCCGAGUUUAGCUAUAACAACGCUGUACAAUCCUCGACUCGUCACGCUCCUUUCCAUGCCACUUAUGGUUUCCACCCUCGAUCAUCCGUAUUUCAAGUAACGCCUGGCGUAUCGGAUGUCUUGCCUUCAAAUGAUGUGGGUUUCAAGAUACAAAGCUUGCAAGAGUUGCAUGAGGUGCUCAAGGAUGAAAUAAGGAUGGCUCAACGUCAACAAGCGUCUCAAUACAACAAUCAUCACAGGCCUACUCCUUCUUUUAAUAUUGGUGACCAAGUUUUCCUCUCAUCUCGCAACAUACGUACCACUCGGCCUUCGAGGAAGAAUGAUUACACUCAUUUGGGCCCUUUUGAAGUUGUGUCUCGUGUCGGUUCACAUGCCUAUCGCCUCAACUUGCCAAGUUCGAUGCGUAUACACCCUGUCUUCCAUGUGAGUCUCCUGUCAAAGCAAUCUCAAGACCUUCCGGAUAUACCUGGUCGUACUCAAGCACCGCCACCUCCAGUCGAAGUUAAUGAUGAACAGCAUUACGAAGUCGAAAGCAUAUUGGAUAGCCGAACUCGUCAUCGUGGAUUGCAAUAUUUGGUCAAGUGGAAGGGAUACGAUAACCCUGCUGAAAAUACAUGGGAGCCUGCAAGUAAUUUAUGGAACGCGCAAGAUUCUGUUCGUGACUUUCAUGCGGAGUAUCCAAAUCGCCCGGGCCCCACUCACCGCUCUCGCUAA